AUGCUUCAAGCGCUGGGCCCGUAUCUACGUGUCUCCUUUCUCUUCUUCGCCGACAUGAUGCUAACUGUCCUCAUGACUGAGCGUUUCCAUAUUACCUUUUCACCCUUUGUUAAUACUUACUUCAAUCCGCUGGCCACUCACUGGUAUCGAAGAUACGGCCGUUUUAUGCGUCAUAUUAUUCUUGAGAUCGACAUGACCCGUCUCGGCUUUGGUCCUGACCGCCAAGCCUACAAGCUGCGCGCGGGUAACAUGAACCUCGAUACCCUCAUCCAGAUGUUUGUCGACGUCCAGUUGAGGCGCCAGGAUGAGUCGACAAUGUCCAGCUUUGUGCUGCUUUGCCGCCGGUUCUAUGGUUGCCGACCCACGGUCAUUGAUCACAUCACUGGGCUCGAUCCCUGCUUCCGCAUCCCCUAUUGUCCCGACACCGCCUUCUCCGUCUGCAACCCCCUCCUCGAUCUCGCAGGCCUCGUCGACUCGAUCCGCAUCUGCGGCUUCAGCAACACCUUCACCCACACCCUCGUCCACAACAUCUUCCCGCAGCCCCCGACCGCCACGACCCCCGACCUCCUCAAGCACCACGCCUACCGCGUCACCCCCUCCCCGCUCUGGCCCCGCCUCCCCGGCCAGUCGUCCCGCCAGGACAUCGCAGCCGGGCGCGUCCACCACGACGACCACGACGCCGACAUGCCCCCGCCGCCGCGCGUCCCGCCGGGCCCCAUCAUGCUUCCGGCCCCGCACGUCACGUCCCGCGGCGUCACCUUCCUCGACACGCCGACGACGAGCCACGACUCCCGUUCCACCGCCUCGGUGCGCCGCGCAGCGCGCUUCGGCGUGCUCGCUUCCAAGGUGCGCGAGCGAAAAGCCUCCGUGGCAGCCGACAUUGAGACGCUCGAGCGCAGAGUCCAGGGUCUCGUGUCGCGGCUGAGGCGGAGGUCGUCGCGGACGGGACUGAGGGCCAUGGCGUCGCGCGAGGGGCUGCGGCAGAGGAACCAGGUGCUGGAGCAUGUCGACGCCCAGAGGGUGAGGCCUGAAUGGUCCAAAGGAGCGCCGCCAAGCCCCGAGCUUCCGAACUUUCUUGAUGACAGCACUCAGGUCUACGGGGAGAAGACUGAAAAAGUCCGCAGGGUGCGGUCCAAAGCGUCGGUGCCCGUCAUGUCGCCGGUCAAGAAGGCGGCAGAGUUGAAGUAUCGCCCCUCCAUGCCGGAGCUCAGGCAGAAGGUUUCGAAGAUGGCUUCCCGGUUAGACUUGAGAGCUCGUAGACGUGCCGGCGAGACUUUGGAAGGUAUGGAGAAGGAGGUCUUCUGA